AGCCGGCGAAAUGCUUGCUUCUUCUACGCAUGUGCCAAAGCAAGGAGGAGGGGGAGCAUGAGGACAACUAAGGAGAGUUCGGCUCAUUUUCUCCCCCCGCCCCUCCCACUUAGAAACCGGCAUUUGAGGUAGCAGCAGCAGCACAGCAGUGGCGGCGGUGGGAGCUGCAGCUGCAGUGGCGGCAGCGGCGCGCGCUCUUCAGGCAGUUUGAGAGGAGGCAGGAGACCCCCUUCAGAACGUCGCGGGGGAGCAGCCGCGGCGUGCGCCUCAGGACCCUAUAGAGAAUGUGAAUCCUCUUGCACCAUCAGAACGGUGGUCAUUCUGUUCCCCAUCAGUUAUCCUCUCACGCCAGAACUUUUGAAAAAGGACCAGGAAUCUGUGGAGAAAAUGCAUAGCUUUUACACUGGCCACGUCUCAAGGAGUUACCACACAAUCUGUUUUUAACUUCUUGCACCAGAACACUGUGAAAUUCUCUUUUCCUUGCUCUGAAAUCUGAAACCUCUUUCGUCACUCUUUCUGCACAAGAAUAUUUAGUGAAAUUUCUAGCAAAGAUAUGUGCUUUCCUUGUAUGGUAUACUGGAAGCAGGUGGAUUGUGAUCUGAGACCCUCUGGCCUUUUCCUGCUCUUUGAAGAUCUUUGCACUUAAAUUUUCCCAUGUGGAAAGAAAUUACCUCUAUGCAUUUCGCUGUGCCAAAAAUAUUUACCUAAUAAACAGAUGCUUUUGCCAUAAUCUAUGAGACAACUUCUUAGUGGCGUACAUUAGUGCCCGAAAUUUGUAGGAUGGCGCUUUGGCCGAUAACGAUGACAACUGUCUUUCGUUUGGAUGUAUAGGCUACCUCUGGGAACAUACAACUAUGAUGUGUUUGCCUGAUCAUUAGUAAACUUGGAAGCACUUGUCUGUGAAAUACUGGUGUACAAAAUCAUGGACUGUCACCACCUUCGAUCAUGUUUGCGGGAAAUCCACCUGGAUAUCUAGAAUCCACGUUGCUUCAGAUCCGUUCAUGAAUAAAUGCUUAGAUAUGAAUCUUUCUCUUAAGAGAGCCUUCGGUAGCACUCUUGUCUUGUGUGUCCUCACAAAUGGUAGUCUUCUGAUUUCUUAGCACACCAGAAAACUUCUGGGUGACAUUGUAAAGGAAGUAAUUAUUGUUUCCUUCCAUUCCGACUGACAAGAUGGCUUCUGUCCGGUUCAUGGUUACCCCCACUAAAAUUGAUGAUAUCCCGGGCCUGUCUGACACCAGCCCCGACCUCAGCUCCCGCUCUAGCUCCCGCGUUCGUUUCAGCUCCCGUGAAAGUGUCCCCGAAACAAGCCGCAGUGAGGGUGUCAGUGAUUUUUCGAGAGCAACCACAUCUCUGGCCACUGAAGCAGCUGAGCCCACUACUGAGAAGACAGCCAAUCCCCACACAAAUGGGGCUGAAGAUGUGAGUCAAACCUCCAUCACAGGGGAACAGUAUCAGCUCUUAGAUCCUGGGCACAAGAAGGAUCCCCACGCCUAUCUCAACAACGCCAACUACGAAGAUGGCGAUGAAUUCUUCGACAAGAAUUUGGCACUCUUCGAGGAAGAGAUGGAUACCCGGCCCAAGGUCUCCUCCCUGCUCAACCGCAUGGCCAACUACACCAACCUGACGCAGGGGGCCCGCGAACAUGAGGAGGCCGAGAACAUCCCCCAGGGCAAGAAGAAGCCCACGAAGACUCCACAGAUGGGCACCUUCAUGGGCGUCUACCUCCCCUGCCUGCAGAACAUCUUUGGGGUGAUUCUCUUCCUGCGUCUCACCUGGGUGGUGGGAACAGCUGGCGUGUUGCAAGCCUUUGCCAUCGUCCUCAUCUGCUGUUGCUGUACCAUGCUGACCGCCAUCUCCAUGAGUGCCAUCGCCACCAAUGGGGUUGUGCCUGCCGGAGGCUCCUACUUCAUGAUCUCACGAGCCCUGGGGCCUGAGUUUGGAGGGGCCGUGGGACUGUGCUUCUACCUGGGCACCACUUUUGCCGCCGCCAUGUACAUCCUGGGAGCCAUUGAGAUCUUCCUGAUGUACAUUGCCCCUGAGGCGGCCAUCUUUCACAGCGAGGAUCCUCUGAAGGAACCAGCGGCCAUGCUGAACAACAUGCGAGUGUACGGCUCGGCCUUCCUGACGGUCAUGGUGCUAGUGGUGUUCGUGGGCGUGCGCUACGUGAACAAGUUUGCCUCGCUCUUCCUCGCCUGCGUCAUCGUCUCCAUCCUAGCCAUCUACGCUGGUGCCAUAAAGUCCUCCUUUGCACCCCCCAACUUCACUGUGUGCAUGCUGGGGAACCGCACCCUCUCCCAGCACCACAUCGACGUCUGCGCCAAGACGCAGGAGCGUGACAACGUCACCGUGACCACCACCCUCUGGGCUGCCUUCUGCAACUCCAGCGAUCGCCUCAACGCCUCCUGCGACGAGUACUUUCACCACAACAACGUCACCGUGAUCCAGGGCAUCCCGGGGCUGGCCAGCGGCGUUAUUGCUGAAAACCUGUGGAGCAGUUACCUGAUGAAAGGCGAGAUCCUCGAGAAGGCCUCUUUACAUUCGGCAGAUGUGUUGGGAGCCCUCAAUCAGCAGUACGUGCUGGCUGAUAUCACCACUUCCUUCACCCUUCUCGUGGGCAUCUUUUUCCCCUCCGUCACUGGGAUCAUGGCUGGAUCGAAUCGUUCUGGGGACCUGAAGGAUGCCCAGAAAUCCAUCCCUAUCGGUACCAUCCUGGCCAUUCUCACCACCUCCUUUGUGUAUCUCAGCAACGUGGUGCUGUUUGGGGCUUGUAUCGAAGGUGUUGUUCUCAGAGACAAGUUUGGCGACGCAGUUCACGGGAACCUGGUGGUGGGGACGCUCUCCUGGCCCUCUCCUUGGGUCAUCGUCAUCGGCUCCUUCUUCUCCACCUGCGGGGCAGGGCUGCAGAGCCUCACUGGCGCCCCCCGACUGCUGCAGGCCAUUGCAAAGGACAACAUUAUACCCUUCCUGCGGGUCUUUGGCUCCAGUAAAGCCAACGGGGAGCCCACCUGGGCCUUGCUCCUGACGGCAGGCAUUGCAGAGCUGGGGAUCCUGAUUGCCUCUUUGGACAUGGUGGCCCCCAUCCUCUCCAUGUUCUUCCUGAUGUGUUAUCUCUUUGUCAACCUGGCCUGCGCCUUACAAACCCUACUGCGCACUCCCAACUGGAGACCACGCUUUCGGUAUUAUCACUGGGCACUUUCCUUCAUGGGCAUGAGCAUCUGCGUGGCUCUGAUGUUCAUCUCUUCGUGGUAUUACGCCAUCAUUGCCAUGGUAAUUGCUGGAAUGAUCUACAAGUACAUUGAGUUCCAGGGGGCCGAGAAGGAGUGGGGGGACGGCAUCCGUGGCCUGUCCCUGAGCGCGGCCCGCUUUGCCCUGCUGCGCCUUGAGGAGGGGCCACCCCACACCAAGAACUGGAGGCCACAGCUGCUGGUGCUGCUAAAGCUGGAUGAGGACCUUCACGUGAAACAUCCGCGCCUGCUCACUUUUGCCUCCCAGCUGAAAGCUGGCAAGGGCCUCACCAUCGUAGGCUCAGUCAUGGUGGGCAACUUCUUGGAGUGUUACAGUGAGGCGCUGGCUGCUGAGCAGACCAUCAAGCACCUGAUGGAGUCGGAGCGGGUGAAGGGCUUCUGCCAGAUUGUGGUGGCUGCCAAGGUGCGAGAGGGCACCUCCCACCUCAUUCAGUCAUGCGGGCUGGGUGGUAUGAAGCACAACACCGUGGUGAUGGGCUGGCCUAACGCCUGGCGCCAGAGCGAGGAUGCCCGUUCGUGGAAGACCUUCAUUGGCACCGUGCGAGUGACAACGGCGGCCCACCUCGCCUUGCUGGUGGCGAAGAACGUGACCUUCUUCCCCACCAACUCGGAACCCUUCCCCGAGGGCAACAUCGACGUCUGGUGGAUCGUGCACGACGGCGGGAUGCUUAUGCUGCUCCCCUUCCUCCUCAAGCAACACAAGGUGUGGCGUAAAUGCAACAUCCGCAUCUUCACUGUAGCCCAGCUGGAGGACAACAGCAUCCAGAUGAAGAAGGACUUGGCGACCUUUCUGUACCACUUGCGCAUCGAGGCGGAGGUGGAGGUGGUCGAAAUGCAUGACAGCGACAUCUCCGCCUACACAUACGAGCGCACCCUGAUGAUGGAGCAGCGUUCCCAGAUGCUGCGUCAGAUGCGCCUCUCUAAGACAGAGAGGGACCGUGAGGCCCAGUUGGUGAAGGACAGGAACUCCAUGCUGCGCUUGACCAGCAUCGGCUCGGACGACGACGAGGAGACAGAGACUUACCAAGAAAAAGUGCACAUGACGUGGACCAAGGACAAGUACAUGGCAUCCCGCGGGCAGAAGCCCAAGGCCCUGGAGGGCUUCCAAGACCUGCUGAACAUGCGACCGGAUCAGUCUAACGUGCGGCGCAUGCACACGGCCGUGAAGCUGAACGAAGUCAUCGUCAACAAGUCCCAUGAGGCUAAGCUGGUGCUGCUGAACAUGCCGGGCCCGCCGCGGAACCCUGAAGGAGAUGAGAACUAUAUGGAGUUCCUGGAGGUGCUGACGGAGGGGCUGGAGCGGGUGCUGCUGGUGCGAGGGGGCGGCAGCGAGGUCAUCACCAUCUACUCGUAGGGAGAGCCAGGAGGGCUCCCUGCGGCUGGACCUUCGGGGCAAAGCAACGUCCGCUUCCUGCCUGUCACCACCUGCCACUUUUUAUCUCCUAAGGAGAGCAGCUGUCUGUACACCACCCCUCCCCACCCCUGCUUUCCCCCGCUGGGAGCUAAUGGAGGCUGGAGAUGUCCGCUCACUGUCCCUGAAGGGAGACUUUCUCGGAACAACAGAAGGGCAGAACGAGAGGGAGGAUUGAUUUUACUGAGUGGGGGAUAGGGACUUGUCUCCCCACUCAGGACCCAGAAUAGCAAAUGUCGUUUUGAAGGGAGGGGGGGGGGCUAAGGAGUCAAAUUCAGGAAGGCUCUCCCGUCCGCCCCCUUUUCUUCCAUCUUGGGUUGCUGCUGCCCUCUCCUGGCAACGACCAGAAUUGAGCAGCGUGAUCUUUCUUAGGGCACCAUGUUCUGGAGCAGGUGAACAGGUCAUUCGGUGAGGGGAAGCCCUUGGGUGGUUCUGCCACAGGAAGGGACGGGGAGGGAGAAAGGCGACAGUGCCAGGAGCCCUGCAGGGAGGGAGAUGCAACUCCAACUCUUCCGUUUCCUCCUCUGGGCCAGUGCCAAGGUCUUUCCGCCUUCUUCAGCAUUGAAGGGAGAGGGGGCGCGUGCAGCAUUUAGCUUCUUCUCUGGGCCCUCGUGGCCACUUUGCCACCCCAAAUUCCUUGGUUGUGCAGGAAGGAGGGAACCCCUUGCCCCCUAAAUCAGGCUGAUGGAUAGAAGCAUACAGGGCUUUUUUUUUUUUUAAAGCAGGAACUCCUUUGCAUCUUAGGCCACACCCCUCUUAUGCAGCCAAUCCUCCAAGAGUUUACAUGGCUCUUCGUGCAGGGCCUGCUGUCAGCUCCAAGAGGAUUGGCUACAUCAGGGGUGUGUGGCCUAAGAUGCAAAGGAGUUCCUGCUACCGAAAAAGCCGUGGGAGAAUAGAUGCAGCUGCCCUCCCCGUCCCUUCCCAAAUGGUUCCGGCAGGCUCACCUCGCCAAGGCAGGCAAGCUUUUGUUUUCCUACUUGCUGUCUGCAGUCGCUGGCUGGCUCUGGUACGGAACCGAGGGACAGAGCUGACAAGGUCGCAGCAGCUGUUGGCUGGAGGCAGCCUGUGGGUAGGGAACCCCGAGGGGCUUUCGGAAACAGACCCUCCCUUCCCCCUGCAGUCUGCUGCUAUCCUUUCUCUCCCCCACACUCAGUUGAGAGAACUCCGUCUAUGCCAAAUAGUUAAGAGUGAUCCUUUUUGUUUAGAACAGGCAUGCAAGUUGUGAGGACUCACCUUGUACUGUAUGGUGAACUUUGGAAAAAGUAUUCCUCCCGCCACCCCAAACUUGGGUGUGUGUGUGUGUGUGUAUGUGGGGGUGAUCCUACGGUUGUCAUUCUCCCUACCUGCAAUGAUGGAAAUCUGAUUCUCCACACCUCCCUGACUCGAUAAGCGCGCAGGGACCACUCUCCUCGGAGUAGCCUUAAAACAGAUGCGUCUCCGGCCUCUCCUCCAGUUGCGUUUUGAAAGGGAAUCUCACACAGCCGUUUCUCAUCUCUUACGUCGCGAGAGGCUUUUUUAAUUUAUUGGGGAUGUGAUCUUGUUUACAUAGCAUCAAGUUUUAGGGUGUGAUUUUUUUUUUUUUUUGGCUUCCUGAAUUAUGUAAGAAAUAAAAACUUUUUUAUAUAUAUAU